AUUAAGUAGCUGUUAAUUGUUUGCGGAUUUUAGGAUUUUAUGCCUUCCACAAUUUCAAGCUGCCGAAGCUUUCGAUCUACAGAAUUAAGAGCUAUCUUUCAUCAUACAUUUUAUGCGUUUUCGAAAUUCCUGUGAAUUUGUUCGUCGAUUGUGCAAUUGUCAGCCAGUGCUUUACUGUUAGGGAAAAAAAUGGCAUUUGCCUUCUUCGCGUUUAGAUUUCAAGUGAAAAAUUAAAAUCAAAUUCAGAAAUUGUAAAUCUCAAAUUUUGGAACUUCUUUUUUUCAGCUCGAAUAUAUUUUCCAUUCCUUAUCAGCCAGAACAGGCCUUGUUGGGAUCUACUGUUCAAACAUUAUUAGUUGACAGCUGGAACUUAGAGGCUUGAGCUUGCAUUGUUAUUAUAUUAUUGGUAGUCAAAUUUAAAGUCCUGGACCGUCUGGAUAGAGAUUAACAAUGACCAACGAACUUGUCACCGUUCAGCCUGGGGAGCUCAAGUUUCCCUUUGAAUUGAAGAAGCAGAGUUCGUGCUCCCUUCAAUUGGUCAACAAUACAGACAAUUAUGUGGCGUUUAAGGUUAAAACUACAUCUCCAAAGAAGUAUUGUGUACGACCUAAUACAGGUGUUGUGCCACCCAAGGCUGCAUGCGAUGUGACAGUAACCAUGCAAGCUCAGAAGGAAGCACCACCUGAUAUGCAAUGCAAAGACAAAUUUCUUGUGCAGAGUGUCAUAGCACCUUCUGGGUCAACUCUUAAGGAUAUCACUUCUGAUAUGUUCAACAAAGAGCCUGGUAGGGUUAUUGAGGAAAACAAAUUGAGGGUGCUGUAUGUAGCUCCACCUCAACUCCCUUCCACUAUCCUUGAAUCAUCAGAAGAGGGACAAGCACAAAAGGAAGGCACAGACUACGGGGCUUCUGCCGUCUCUUCAUUUAAUCCUGCGCCAAAAGAUCUCAAUGAGUUGAAAGCAAAGCUAUCUGAGGCUCAGGCUGAAAUCUCAAAAUUAACAGAAGAGAAAUCUACUGCUUUUUUGCAAAAGCAGAAAUUGGAACAGGAAUUGGCACUUAUAAAGAAGAGCGAUCAUGGAAGAGCUAGAUUGGGUUUCUCAUUUUUAUUUGUUUGCUUUAUUGGGCUCGUGGGUAUUAUUUUGGGGUACUACUUCCAUUCAUGAAUUUGCUUAAUUGGUUGCAAAAUAUAAUGGUGUAAGCCACAAAGGUUGAGGUUGACAAAAUUUGUGAGAAGCAUGCAAAGAAGCAUCUUGAAUGCCAUGGAAAAAUCAUGGCUGCAGGUAUUUGUGUUUUCAAACACUACAAGCAGUUAAGUUUGCCCACGAUCAGGAAUGUUUGAGGUUCUCUUGUUUCUCUGGCGAUCUUGUGGGUCUGUCAUUUUUUUGAUUGGAUAAAGAAAUAUAUGGAUUUUGUGUUUUGAAACGUCAGCCUAUAGACAAUGCCUUUUUAGGAGUUAAUCAUGACUUGACAUCAAAUUGUGUUUUCUAGUUUGAGGUUGGUACUACACCUAUGUAUUAGGGAGUUCCUAUUAUGUAAUCUUAAAUGAUUCUUUUACAAAGCUUGCUGAAGUUUCUACAAGUGUUAAAUUCCUGGAACAUGUUUUAUUAUAUGUAUUACUAUUUGUAUGAAUUGGUAUACACCCAACAAAGAUUACAAACUUAUUUGGACUUUGGCUAUACUAAGGUACUUUGCUUCUUACA